AUGAGCUUGUUCGGUCGCAGCAGCAGGAGCCACCUGACGUUCAGGCCCAAGAAGAGCGCCACUUCCGGGGGCAAGGGGUUGCAGCUGAAGAAGCACAUCGAUACCACCCUGGGCAGCGGCAACCUGCGAGAGGCGGUCCGUCUGCCAAUUGGAGAGGAUCUCAACGAAUGGCUCGCUGUCAACACUGUAGACUUCUUCAACCAAGUGAGUGUUCUGUACGGCACCCUGAUGGAGUUCUGCACUGCAGCUACCUGCCCGAUCAUGUCUGCCGGACCAAAGUAUGAGUACAGGUGGGCUGAUGGAGUGAAGGUGAAGAAGCCUGUUCAAGUGUCUGCUCCAAAGUACGUGGAGUACCUGAUGGAUUGGGUGGAGACCCAGCUUGACGACGAGGCCAUUUUCCCUCAAAAGAUUGGGGCUCCCUUCCCUCCAAACUUUGGCGAGGUGAUCAGGACCAUCUUCAAGCGGCUCUUCAGGGUGUACGCCCACAUCUACCACUCUCAUUUUCAGAUGGUUGUCAAGCUCAAGGAGGAGGCCCAUCUCAGCACUUGCUUCAAGCACUUUGUGCUCUUCACAUGGGAAUUCAGUUUGAUCGACAGGGCAGAGCUGGCUCCUCUGAAAGACCUGAUCGAGCCGAUAAUUCUUCGGUACUGA